AUCUGGAAGAUAGUGAGUAUAUAUAACAUAUGUAUAGUGAUGUGGCAGGUGUACGCGCACGCGGUACCGCAUCCGUUCGCGUCCUCGGUCGCGCAGGAGAUGUUCCAGGGCGGCUUCAUACCCUCCGACACAGACUUCCGCAUAUUCAGAGACUUCGGCAAGCUAUCGGGUUUGGAUCUGGCGUGGAACGCGGACGGGUACGUGUACCACACGCGGCUGGACGCUCCGGACAGAGUACCGCCAGCCGCCAUACAGCGGACCGGGGACAAUGUGCUCGCGUUAGUCAACGGUGCGUAUCAUUAACACGGAGAAGGUUCAUUGUAAAGUAUACAUACACU